AUGCAAGUGCCCGAACCGCCGCCGCCGCCCCUCGCUCCUCUCUGGGACCGCGUCCUCCGAGCCCGGGCCCUGCCACCGGACCUGGACGUCGAACUCCUCUACGUCGCCAUCCGGGACAGACUCACGCAUCCCGAGUGGGAGGUUCGCCUCAACGCUCUCCGGGUUCUCGCCGAUCUCCUCCCCCUAUCAGGGAAUGCACUGGCCUUCCCAUUCGAUCAAGUCGUUGACAACUUGGGUCAUAAUUCCCCGAACGUUCGUAAAGCGGCACUCGACGCACUCAAAGUUUUUUGCACCCACUGCGAGGACUCCGAGUGUGCAGCUCGCGCCAUUCUGGACAAGUGCUCAUAUCACAACAUAAGGCCUCACUCAGCCAACAUAGAUACAAAAGUGAACGUUAUAACUGGACUCAUUCUAUCAAUACCUUCAGUCAUGACUAUUUUGAAGAGAAGAAACCCGGCGUUAGAUACUUUCCCAAUUUUCCAAGUUUUAGGAGAUAAACUUUUCGAUCCGGUGCAUAGAGAUGUUGCACAACGCUCCUUGCUAAAGCUUCGUAAAGUAUGUGGUCAUCGAGAUUACAUGGUUUCACUGUCCAGAUUGGAUCUAAAAGUACAAGAUAAAUUCAGACAAUUGUGUGAACUGUACGAUGAAGAUUCAAUGGACGUUUACUAUGCGCCGAGAAAAUCAGUUUACAGAGACAACAACCAAACAUUAGUCAAGAUAAACCACGUAUUCAGUAGCCCAAUCACAACUCCAAUAAGAGUAUCCACGGAUUCGUCGUCAGAAGAUUCCUACGCCCAUAUUCCAUUCCCCAAUAAUAAUUAUGCUAAAGUGAUAAUUGAAACCGAAAUCAAAUUCGAUUCAGACACGGCGAUUACCAUGACGGUUUUAGAAGAAAACGAUACCGAAUCUGACCGGAAUUCGGUAACUAAUACGGGAAGUGAAGAGGAUUGUGAUAGCUCGGAUAGAAAUAUGUUGAAGUUUAGUGAUGCAGAUUCUGAGGACACGGACGUUGUUGUAAAAAAAGUGCGUUUUGGCGGUGAAAGUGUGAAAAUUCGGACGCCCGAUAGUGAAAAUUUAAUUUCUAGUGAAGACGAUAAUAACCACAAUAAAUUAAUACCUAAGAGAGACAAUAUUAAUGGGCUCUCUCAUGCAAAUGGCACACCCAUGAUUAUGAGUAGAAUUAAUGAGAUAAGACGUGAAGCAUUAGAUAGAGAUAAUAAUAUUAAAUAUCCUAAGAAAAGUGGUAUUCCAUUACCAGUCAUUCAUAAUAAGUCACAGAACCAGAACUUGUCCAAGUACAAUAAAGUGAAAUUAAAAUCGAAAUCAUUGAGUGAACUUUAUGAUUAUUUUCGUACGAAAAAUGAUGGUGCUGAGCGCAAAAAAGAUAGAUCGGGGUUUGCGUUAACGCUAUCUGAGGUCCGUUCUCCGGAUAAGGUCCCGAGUCCAGUGGAGCCUCACAGGGAGGUGGAAGUCAUGCACAAUCUCCAGAGGAGUCCAGUGGUCUCCCCACGGCGUCAUCAGACGCGGGUACAUUUGGAACGUGAUGGAUUCGUGCUGAAUCUAUUGGCGACGUCUUCCAACGAUUCGGAGCUGCUGUCUCCGCGAGCGCCGUCUCCGCUGCGCGCGCGUUACGAUUGGGAAGAGCUUGGUGUGGUGCCGCGACACGUGGCCGACCAGCUGCAUAAUACGGUAACUAAAUGUCUAAACCUGCUUGGGUCUGUUGGCGACGUCUUCCAACGAUUCGGAGCUGCUGUCUCCGCGAGCGCCGUCUCCGCUGCGCGCGCGUUACGAACUUACGAUUGGGAAGAGCUUGGUGUGGUGCCGCGACACGUGGCCGACCAGCUGCAUAAUACGAACCUGCUUGGGUCUGUUGGCGGCGUCUUCCAACGAUUCGGAGCUGCUGUCUCCGCGAGCGCCGUCUCCGCUGCGCGCGCGUUACGAUUGGGAAGAGCUUGUACAUUUUUGGAUCUGUUGGCGGACUCUUCUAAUGACUCGGAGCUGUCUCCUCGGGCGCCGUCUCCGCUGCGCGCGCGCUACGGUUGGGAGGAACUUGGUGUGGUGCCGCGACACGUGGCCGACCAGCUGCAUAAUACGGAUAACUGGAUAUCUGCGGUGAGAGCAGCCGACCAACUACAUAGCGCGCUGCUUGAGCCAGUCAAUGUGGCUAAGGUGGAGCCAGCCGCAAUCUCUCUGGUACAGCACAUGUGGGCACUUAGCGAAGCGGUAACAGCAGCACGAGCGCCAGCAGAGGGCGCCGUUUGCGCGCUAAUUCGGGGAGCCAGUAACGACUGCGCGAGGCAGUUGCUACCUGCACUGGUGUCCAGGAUGGCACAGGAGCCGCUACCUACUGCCUUACCCCACGCCCUACUGCAGCGGUUGGCACUACACCACCUCGUGGACUUGAUCUUUGACCCAGCUAUGCUCAAGGUGUCGGGUGACUCGGAGCGAGUGCAGAGCGCACAGCUUCGCGCUACGCUGUGCCUUGCGCGGGCGGCGGGCCCGGCGGCCGUGCUGUCUGCAGUGCGCAGACGGCUGGCCGGCACUGCGAGGGCCGAUGUGUUCUGCAGCAAGCUACGAGAAAAGCUGAGCAGGCCAGUGGAGAACAUCAAACCAACUCACAUAGCGAGGAUAUCAGUUGGGGCUUUUGUCUGCAGGAGCUCUCAACUCCCGGUGCCAGUUAGAAGACGAGCGCGGUCUACGCCGCCACCAGCUGCGCCCGCGCCGCCGCGGCGGCUCAGGCCGCUACCAGAUUCCGCCCCAUUACCUGGUGUCCUACCAUCGGGAAGGGAAUACAUCAUGAAGGCGCUGUCUCCGAUACCUCUUAGUGACAGAGACUCCAGUGCGCUCACCAGCUUCGAAGGGACGACGGUCGAAAAGACAUCCUUGUCUCAACUGGAUAAGGAUUCCGCCGAGGGCGUCAUCAUCGGUGACACCACCCAGAUCUGUACGUCCGAAGGUGACGUGAAUGACGCGCCGCCCACACCCAAGUCGCCAUCAAUCAAAGUCGAAGAUUACUCUGAAAAGUCGAUCGGUUCUCUUUACAGCAAUAAAGAGACGCGGUUCGAACACACUCCGGCGAUAAGCAACGCUUCGAGCGUAGAGGAACUAGGAUCUCACCAUUCUACAGCUUCAGAGGUCCACGAACGGAUAGAAUCACGAUCAUCUAGUCGAAAAUCUGUAACCGCAAAAAGCAGAAGUGCAUCGCAAAGCCCCGCAAAGAGCAGAAAUCCAUCGCCAGAUCCGAUCAGCAACGCGUACGAAGCGGCGCCCUCGCCGCUCGAGCGUGACGUGCGGAACGCGCUCGCGGAAUGCGUGGUCCCGGCGCGGCACGAGGACUGGGAAAUCAUAGUGAACGGGCUGCUCCGGAUCGAGCGGCUGGCGGCGGACCCGACGGCCCGGGCCCCGGCCACGAGCUGGCGGGCGGUCGCGCGCUCGGCGGCGGCGCACGUGCGCUCGCUGCGGUCUAGAGUGGCGCGCACCGCGUGCUCGACCCUGGGGGCGCUGUUCGAGCACCGCGGCCGGACGCUGGACACCGAGCUGGAGGAGGCGGCGACGGCGCUGCUGGAGCGGUGCGCCGACGUGAACCGGUUCCUGCGCGCGGACGCGGCGGCGGCGCUGGUGCGGCUGGCGCACGGCAGCAACGGCGCGCGCGCGGCGGUGGCGCUGGCGCGGCGCGGGGCGGGGCACCGCGCGGGCCCGGUGCGCGCGGCGGCGGCGGCGGCGCUGGCGCGGCUGGUGCGGCAGCACGGCGCGCACGGCACGCUGGACAUGCCGCCGGAGCCGCGCACGGUGCUGCUGCGCGCGGCGGGCGAGCUGCUGGGCGACGCCAGCGCCGAGGCGCGCGCGCACGCCCGCCAGCUGUGCCUCGCGCUGUCCGAGGACAUUCGGUUCCGCCAGAUGCUAAAGGACGCGAUGCAGCCGACGCGGUACCGCGCCAUUGAAAAAUUCAUCGAAAAACUGCGAUGA